AAGAGAGAGGUCGCUGGCCACACACGUACCGACGUACGUAAACGUAUGUUUUCCAAAGCUACCCUACCCUUCUGAAUAUAGGAUCCGUUAUUUCUUAUUUCUAUUAUUUUACGGUUUUAGCGUUUCCAUAUAUAUGCCUAGGCUUCGAAAUAUAUUGGGAUGGCGAAAACAAAUUCAACUAGCCCUUGCUAACUACGACUAGGCCUAAUAAAAUUUUUAGAUAACUUUCAACAGUGAAGAUGUUAGAGGGUCUAGCAGCAUGGGUACUCAACACAUAUCUUGGAGAAUAUGUUGAGAAUCUUAAUCAGCAUCAGCUUUCCAUUGGCUUUUUAAGUGGUGCUGUUGAGCUUGAGAAUCUUCCUCUAAGAAAGGACGCCCUCAAGGAACUUGACUUACCAUUGGAAGUGAAAGCUGGCUAUAUUGGUCGUAUCAAGUUGCAAAUUCCAGUCCGCCACCUUAAAAGCGAGCCGUGGGUGAUUUCAAUCGACAACUUAUAUCUUGUUGCGGGCCCAGCAGCCAGAUCAUCUUACAAUGCUGACAAAGAAAAAGCUUGGCAGAAAGAACACAAAGACAAGCAGUUGCAGGCAUUGGAAAGCCAAUGGAAGGCCAAAAUGCAGUUAAACCUGCCUGUAGCAGGCUCAUCAUCAUGGUACACUUAUUCUACAUCUCUUCUUUACAACAUCAUGGAAAAUUUGCAGCUUGUUGUAAAGGAUGUCCACAUUCGCUAUGAGGAUUCAUCGACAAUACCAAAUGAAACAUUUGCAUUUGGUAUCACCAUAACAAGCCUAUCAGCUCAGAGUACAAAUGAAAACUGGGACACAAAUUUUGCCAGUGAAAGCGACAGUAAAAUGCGUUUCAAAUUGAUUGAAUUGAAAGAUUUUUCCAUGUAUUGGGAUAUGGAUACUGAAUUACUCGGUGACCAGAACUGGGAGGAUUUGACAGUUUCACUUCAGAAUGCAGCAGAUAAUUCUGGUAAGCAGAAAAAGGAACAUGAGUACCUCUUGGAGCCAGUAACUGCUAAAGCUAAACUUAGAAGAAAUUGCUCUCCAUUUCCUCUCCGAUCUCGUUCAAAACCACGCUUCAUUGUUGACCUAGAACUGGACAAAAUACCGCUGUCCUUGUCACAAAAUCAAUACAGAUGCUUGGUUGGUCUACUAAAAGAAUUUGAAAGACAUGGACAGUCACUCAAAUUUAGGAAAUUUCGACCUGAAGUUCCAAUAGCCAGCAACACCAGGUUAUGGUGGCAGUUUGCAAUUAACAGCGUACUUGACGGUAUCAAAGGACGCAGUGAAAGAGGAACCUACAAGUUCAUGAAAAAAAGGAUACAAUUCAACAAGCAGUAUAUAGCAACAUAUACCAAGAUCCUGACAGCUGAUGUGGAGGUCAAAGGUGAUAAGGAUGAGUUGGAAAAACUGGAAGAGGAUUUAACAUUUGAUGAAAUUCGCUUGCUGAGAGAAACUGUGUUUGGCCAAUUAGAAAACAGGAUAAAUGCUGGAGAGGAAUUGUUUAAGAAACCAACAUCGGCAUCUGAACAGCAAGGCUAUGGAAGCUGGCUUUGGGGAUGGGGAGGAUGGUCAGCAGGUGAAACAGCCCCUACACACCAGGAAGGCAUGGAUUCAUCAGUUGAUGGACCAUUAUAUACAGAUGAUCCAGCAGAUAUUUUGUCUUCUUCUGCUGCCCCUUCUUUUGAUGAGCAAGAGCUGAUAGAUUUUAUUGGUGACCCAAUGGCAGACAGCACUUUACUCAGACGAGAUCAAGUCUUUGUUGUUUUGAACUUUAACCUAAAGGGAGGGUCAUUCAUCCUUAGCAACGAUGCCAAUGAAUCUAAAGACUCUCCUGCAACUAUUGCUGAACUCGAGUUCACUGGUGUUACUAUGAAAAUUGAAUCACGAUUGCGAACAAACUCAACAUUAUUUGCUGCUAAAUUGGGGGCGCUUUAUUUGAGAGAUAGAAUAACAAAAGGAUCAUUAUUUCCAGUGAUUGUUUCACCUCAGCUUAAAAAGGAUGAAAUUCCGUCUCAAACAAGGACCCAGUUUGGACUGUUUUCUCGGUUAGCAGGUGCAUCUCCUUACCAAAGUCAAGCUGUCAAUCUGAAAAGACAGAAAUCAGAAGACGUUCUUUUUGAGAUGACGUAUGAAUCUAACCCACCAGAAUCCAAUGUUGAUUGCAGGCUAGAAAUGAUCACACACCCAUUGGAGAUAGUAUACAACUCGAAAGCUUUGCAGGGAAUCACAGAUUUCUUCAACACACAUACAAAGACGGGCUUAUCAUCAAGGCCAUCAGAACUGAAACUGACAAGAGCAAUGAAAGCUCGUUACCAGGACUUUAAGAACCAAACAAGGCAAGAUAUCAUUAACACAAUGGACAGAAUCAUGGAAGGAGAAAAUAAGGGUGAGAUCACCAGGUGGGAUGUACACCUUGAUAUAUCAGCUCCUCAAAUUAUAAUUCCUGACAGCUUCCAUUCAAAGGAUGCUACCUUGGUGGUGCUGGAUUUUGGACAUUUAGAUUUAUCCAGCGCCACUGCCAAACGUGAUGCCAAAAGGCAAGAAAAACUUGAGCGUGAAGAGGAUGAUACUGAAGAUGAUGAUGGUGAUCUUGAUGAAGAUUUUCAGACCCCACCGAAUGAAAUGAUAGAUCCUCCAGUAUUGGUAGACACAGGUGUGAUAGGUGAUACUAUGACCAGCUCUACAGACAGCAGUCUUCUCACAGAAACCUCCGUCAGAGAUCGCAUGUAUGAUAGGUAUAAUCUAGAUUUGUCGGAUUUGCAAAUCAUUAUUGGCCGAUCAAGUGACAACUGGCGGACUGUGUAUGCCAAACGAUCCAAUCACAUGCAAGUUGUGGAGAAGUUCAGCAUCUCAAUGCUUGUUGAAAGGCGAUUGGUCAACACGGCUGAUCCUCAGUGGCCAAGCAUGACCUUUUCUGGCAAUUUACCAUGUUUAUCUAUGCAUGUUAAUGAAAAAAAGAUCCAAGCAUUAGCAAAUUGCUUCAAGUUGUUAGCAGGUCCAGAGCCCCAAGGUGUUGGAGGGAAUCCAGAUAGAAGUCAGCCUGAAGCACAACCGGUCCAGCCAGCCAUGUCACGGGAGCUUAGUAAAAGCAUAUCUGACCUUGAAGCAACAUUUGCGCAGCGAGCACAGUCAUUGAUGUUGGAAUCCCGUCUCUUGCUGGUUCAUUUUUCUGUUGAUAAAAUGUCUUUGGAUAUACAGAGCAGUGGUCGUUGCAUCGUAGAAUGUCAGGUAUCGGGUGUACGGACUAAUCUUACUAAGCGUCCCUAUGAUACGUCAUUAUCGUUAACUAUUCAUGGAUUACUCCUGAUUGAUGCCCUUCAGCAAUUUGGACCAGACUUUGAACUUUUAGUGGCGUCUCAUAAAGAACUUAGUAUGGAUGUGCCAAGUGGCAGCAUAAUGGACAGCGAUCCGUCUUCACCAUACUCAGCUGCUUCUCCAGCCUCUGCUCAUUCUCCAACUUCAUCACGUUCAUUGACAUCUCCAGCGGAAUCGAUGAUAGCCAGUGCCAACCAUUCUCAGUCACUACUCGCCACUGCAGCCUCUCUCAUCUCCAAUGAGUUAUUAGGUACGCUUCCUUCCACACCGGGAGUAAAGAGCGUGUCCUCCGAUCGUACAACAUCCUCAAAGAAGUUCCUGCCCCCUAUGGGUGAGGACUCAGAAGCACUGAUAACCAUUGAGUUAGACUUAAUUAGUGCAGACUGCCCAACAAGUCCAACCACAGAAUGUGCUAGACAGAUUGCCAAUGUACAGUUCAACACUCUGGAUGUUAUUGCUAACCAAGACACGAUGAUUGAGCUUUUAGCAUUUUUUAAGCGUGCCUUCCCGGAUCAACCGCCAAGUUCCGAUGACAAAUCCAAAGCAGACCUUAACCAAAGCAGUACUUUACAGAUGGUGACAGAAUCAUCAACCAGGACUGAUGUUUCUGCUGAUUUCAGUUGUUUAAAUGUUGUGCUAGUUCGAAGAUAUAAUGACGGAAAACAAGACGGAAAGAAAGUGGCAACAGCAACAAUAAGUAAUUUUCAUGUCCAGUCAGUUUUUGGAGAAGAAAUGACUGUAGAAGGAUCUCUAGGGGGAAUGCAGUUAGUUGAUUUAACGGCAACUGGAAAGCAUAGAAAGGUUUUCAGUGUUGGACAAGAUCCUAUUGGGGAAGAUGUUCCAAGUAGUGUUUUUACUUCCUCUACUCUAACAGAUAGUCUACAAAGAAGCAGUGUAGACAUGUACCGCUCUGCUUUAGAUGCUUCAGUGUUUGCUGCUAGUUUUGAAGAUAAGGAAUCUCAGGCUUUUACUUUCUCUGUGAAGAAGUUGAAGAACUCGCUUGCAACCCCUACUCAUGUAUCGGCUUUCCGAAGUGUAGGUGGAAUGCGAACAUCAAGUGCCAUUGGGCACCCUCCACGGACUAUUUAUGAAGGUGUCCAGGAUGUACCGGAACCAGAAGAUGAACUGGAGGUAUCUAUUCACUUAGCAUCACUUUGCUACACCCAUGCUCCUAAGUUUCUAAAUGAGCUAAGUAUGUGUGUAGAUGAAUUUCAGAGCUCUGCCAUGAAAGCAGCUAACUCGCUCCAGAAGGCUGCUACUGAAGCAGCAAUGGACUUCAUGCGACAGAAAUCUGAAUAUGCCACCAUGCCUUUCACUCCAAAUGUAACAGAGAUUAACGAAUCUCCAAUCAAAUCUGGCAAUAAAAGUUACAAUACAACAAUAAAUGAAGAGGACAUGAAAACAGAAACACGAUUAAAAUUAAGCAUAAUAAUGGAAACACCAAUAAUGGUAUUUCCACGCUCACCUGAAAGUAGUGAGGUUCUUGUAGGACACCUUGGCAACAUAACUAUUAAAAAUUAUGUGGAUUUAAUACAGUUCAGUGUUGGCUCUACCAAAGCUGAUGAAACUGAUGGAAUUUACGUUUCAAUUAAAGACAUUAAUUUAUUUUCAUUCAAUGAUGAAGAUGCCAAAUCACGUAGUAAUAGUGUUUCAGAACCAAAGGUGAAAAGCAAUAGUUCCAACGAUGCACAGCAGCGAGCCAGCACAGUAGCCAGUCAUGAUAUGAGUGACUCUAACCUAGAAUAUAAAGGCACACCAGUCCUUCAUGAUACCUCUGUUGAAUUAUCGAUUGUCAAGCAGCAGCCAACAAUAUCAACGAUUCUAGACCACACUGACGACUGCAGAGUAGACGGUGAAUUCAUUGAAGAGGCUUUGUUGGUGAUGGUCAGUAGUAAGAUUGUUAAGCCACUAAAGGUCAUCCUCUCAAAGCAUGUUUAUGAACAAUUAUUUGAAACCUUGGAUAAUAUCACCUACCAAGAUGUGACCAAUCAGAGCUCAGGAAAAACUCAAAAGGAAAUGAAUGAUUCUGUGUUUGGUCUAGAUGGCCAGUCACUGCCUUCUGAUCAUUGGUCAUCUACAGACCAGACGGAGCCUAGUGAUCUUGGCAGUUUUACAAGAAUUCAUGCCAACUUUGAUAUCCCUGAGCUCACUCUAGAGCUGCAAGGAGAUCUCACUGAUGGUGCUCAAGGACUUGUGAGUUUGUCCUUCCAGAACUUUUCUGUCAGGUUUAAGAAGGAUGAACGACACAUAGCAGAGUGUGAUGUGUCUCUGCAGUAUCUUGAAAUGGUUGAUCUGCUAGUGGAAGCACAUUCAAAACAUAGAUAUUUAAUGGUGUCUAGAAGGAACAUUGACAACCAGACCGCUGUACCAGUAAGGAUGGUACAUUCAACCUCUUGCCCAACCAUCUCGCAUCUUCUAGCACCUGUUGCCAUGAUGCCAGGCUCUCUACCCUCCAACCUCAAUGUUCCUGCUAGUCCAGUGAUGCUAAAUCAAUCAAGUAAAUUACGGGCCCCAGUCCGGAAUCAAGACAGAAAAGAGGGUGUGUACCCAUCAACACCACCGCCAUCACCAGAUGCAAUGCAAUCUACCGAGUCACUGAAUAAUUCACAGCAAUCCCAAGAUGCACUUGUGCAAAUAAAUAUUCGACUCAUUGAUAAGAAUUGUCCAGAAUUUGCAAGUAAACAUCAAAGUAUCAACCGCCUGAUAGACGUAGACUUCAAUGCACUAGAUACCACCAUCAAUUUGCAGACACUUGUUGUAUUGCUUGACUUCCUCGGCAUGGGGGCUAAGCCAGCCCCGAUAUCUUCUGUUAAUACAUCAACUGCCAGUGAACCCUUACAGCUAAUUUCAUCAGAGGGAGUGAGUGCUGAAGAUGAAUCAGUGAACAAUGAAGAGGCCAACACAGAAAUCAAUGUUCAAAUCCAGUCCCUGUCUCUACUACUGAACAAGCCAGCUUAUGAACUAGCAAAAGCCAAUGUGUCCGGUAUCACAACCCAUGUGUCCCUUGUACAUGGUAAUGUGGACAUAGAGGGCAGUCUUGGUAGCAUGAUGCUUCUUGAUCUAACUCCCAGUGGUCACAUGUACCCUGAGAAGUUUGUUACUAGAGGGGAUGAAGCAUUAGGAUUCAAGAUAUUCAAAUAUGGCCAGCCAGAUCCUGAUCUACUGCGAGAAUUCGAUAUCAGUAUUAAUCUGCAGAUGUCAUCUGUAUGCUACAUUCACACGCAUCGCUUCCAGAUGGAGCUGCUAGCAUUUGCACAGCAUUUCAAUACUCUGCAGGACAUGCUGGGACGCAUGAGAGCAGCAUCCAAUGGUCAACAAGUUAAAGAAGAUCCUGCUCGGAACGGUAGGCUACUGAUGGACAUUUCUGCUGGAUCGCCAGUCAUCCUCAUCCCGCUAAGUUCCAAAUCUAAGGAAACCUUGGUGGCCAAUCUAGGACGCAUUACCCUCAAGAAUCAGUUUUUAUUUGCUGGCUCAGCUGGAACGAUUUCAACAAGCACAGCAGGUACGCUUAAUUCUAAGCAGUCUCUGUCACGGCAGUCCUCAAGGCUGUCCCGUCAUGGUUCAGUGGAUGAUCCGUUGAAUCAUGUUUGUCUUCUGGAUUGCAUGAAUCUGAGUCUUGAAGAUAUGGAUCUGUUUCUUGGAAACUGCAUCGAUCAUGCAGACUUUGAUGCCCGGGAUGAGACUGCCCUUAUCUUCCCAUCACUUGUUGUCUCUAGGAAGGGUCCACCUCUUUUGAAGCAAACUUGUCUAUUGAGACUUCAAGUAGAGAGAAAUUUAGAUGUUGAUAUUAGUAGAACAGUUCCAGAUAUCAGCAUUAGUGGGGUGUUAUCUUCUGUGCAUUGCUCAAUAGAUACUUCACAAUACCAUCUCAUUAGAGGGAUGCUGGACCACAAUUUAGGAGAACCUCUAGAAGAAUUCCAACCAAUACAGCGCCCUCAAGCACCUAUCAAUCAGACAGUUUUAAGUGGGCAAGUCUGGACAAGCUUAUCUAUGCAUAUUGACCUAAUGAAUGUGACCCUUGAACUACUGCAGUCACAUAGUAUUGAUGGAGAGGGUGAAAGGUCACUAGUGGAGAUUAACUUUAUCAAGUCACGUUUCUCUUUUGAGAGUUUUUCUAACGAUUCCAAAACUGUUGAUUUAGUAUCACAUGCGCUACGUGCUCAUGACACCAGACAAAGAGGAAAAUCAGAGUCUGAGAGUGGUAAUGUGUUCCAUGAGAUCCUGACUCCUUCGAAGCACAACCAACAAACAAGCCAGAACCCCUUACAGAUGGAGCUUCACUACGCAUCGCGACCAGAUCACACACGUGCCACGUUACUACUCAACAACAUGCGAGUAAUGUGUAUUCUUGAUAUUUGGUUAGCUGCCAAGGAUUUCUUACUCAGCUACAAUUCACAAACAGUGCUUCCUCCUGAGUAUAGAUCCUACUAUCAAGCGGCCGUAGUAAACAACACAAAUGCAGGAGAUCAUGUCUUUAAAGUAAAGACAGAAACAAAAUCUCGUGAAUCGAAACGGUCAACAACACCAAUCAGUGUAGCAUCAGGUAUUGCCACAAAAAGAGUACCACCUAUGCAACAGAAUGAGAAGACUUUUGAGCUGCGUUUGAACUUCACUGAGACGGAGUUUGUGGUUGUAGAGGAUCCAUCGUAUAGCGAUACUGAUGCUGUUAUACUCAAGGUCGCAUGUGCAGUGACCUCUUUGAAGCCAGAGAGUGUAUCACAUCCGUUCUCUUGCACAUUACAAGAACUUGAGGUUUUCUCAUGUCGUAUGGGGUCUGAAACAAAUACUGCACUCUCGAUCAUUGAUCCAAUUACGGUUAGUGUGGAGCUAAAGGCAAACCACACUCAUUUGCAUGGACGCAGUGGAGGCUUGUUAGAUGCAACUCUGGACUUGGACGUGCCCACAAGUCUGGAGGUCCAUUUCCAAGGUCCCCUUACUAUUCGCGUAUCUUAUCAUGAUGUAAAUCUCUUUCAAAGUCUGGUGAAGUCCCUGCAGACACAAAUGGUACAGUCAAAAGAGGCAGUCAAUGAAGAUGCAAUUGAUAUAGAAGAUCAGAAAAAGAAAGAAAUACUAGUACCAAAAUUAUUGGAGCUCGGCUUCUCGUACAACGACUGUGAGAGGGCGCUAGAUAAAAGCAAAUUCUCUCUGGAAGGUGCUGCAAAUUGGCUUCUUGAGAAUGCCACACCUAUCAAGACUGUAGAAAAGGAAAGCAAUAAUUCAGAGAAAAAAGCAUUAGAAGUGGCCGGUGUUGAGGUCCGGGCCACAUCUAUCUCUGUUUGUUUGAUUGAUGACUGUAGGGACAUUGAUGUUCCAUUGAUGGAGCUGUCAUUGCAGAAUCUACACUUCUUCCAAAAGCUUCUGUCCAGCGUAGAAGGCCAGGCAAGUUGUACCCUGGUUGGAGAGUAUUAUAAUCGUAGUCUCUCAGGAUGGGAACCCUUCUUAGAACCAUGGAAAUGCAAAGGGGAAUGGAUUUACCAACAAAAAAGACCUUCAUAUCCAGCCAAACUCUUUAUACAGGUCAAAGUUGAUGAACGUCUGGACUUGAAUCUGACAAGUGCACUUAUGGACCUAGUGCAAAUUACCAAAGAAAACUGGACAGAAGACUACUACAAAAUGGCUGGUGCAACCAAAGAAAUUAAACGUCAUCGUAAACCAUUUGUACCAUUUGCUCUACGCAACGAGACUGGCUCUCGACUUUGGUUCGCCACAAUUACAACAACGCCAUCAAUUGUUGCUACAAGUACUAUGGGUGAGGUUGCUAAUGGUGAGAAUGUGAGUGCUUGGACAGAGGUCAAAGAGCAAGAUGAGGUUACAUUUCAGUUUCAGGAGAAGGAUAAGAUGAGGCAUAGGAGUACGCGUGAACUACACAUGCAUCAAGUUCUUGUGAAGGUAGAUGGUUGGCACAAGGUUGCUCCCGUAUCAGUGGAUAAGGUCGGAGUAUACUUCAGACAAGCCAAUCCCUACAGAGACCAAGCUUCGAAUGUUUUCUCCAGUAGCCACCCAGCCAGAAUAGUGUUUGAGGUGACCUUAGAAGGCAAUGCACGGAAGGUCAUAACUGUAAGGUCAGGAUUGAUGGUUGUCAGUCGACUCAGUAUCCCAAUGGAACUAAAGGUCACCAACCCUGAAUCAACAUUAUAUGAAUCUGAAGAUCUAGGAAUAUUAGAGGCCAAUUCCAAGAUGACUGUACCUCUUCAUAGAAUAUCUUGGCAUCUUAGGGCACGACCUAAAAAUGGUGGAGUAGAAUUCUGCAAGCGAGCUUUCCUAUGGCAACGAGUUACAGACUCUGAAACCUUAGUAAUGGAAUGCAAGACCAACAAUGAGGAAGAGGAGGAACUGUUCAGAUUUUGCUGUUGGGUGAAGCGUGAAGCAUACCCAGUUGACCCAUUAAGCAAGAGACAGCCAUCAUCCGUAGAGCUUGCUCGGCGUGUGGAGACUCCUCCGCAGCCUGGUCACACGUUGAUGCUUCUGCCAACUCUGGUGAUGACGAACCUUCUACCAUAUGAGAUCAAAUACUUCGUAAAAGGAACAUCUUUGAAGGGAGAAAUUGCUCCUGGUAAAGAUGAGCCAAUGUAUGGGGUUGAUAUCAAUCGAGAGAUCAGCUUUCACUUUUUUCUGGAAAACUUUCCUAAAGGAGCAGUAAUACAUCUUCCUGCUGGAAUAGUGGAUGAUAUGCGAGGAGACAUCAGGAUAUUCGACACCAGAGACAGACUACUGGUGCUGCAUGCCAAAGUGGAGUGCAGGGCCUCAAGAGCUUUAAAAUGUCUCAUCUCGGCACCCUAUUGGUUGAUCAACAAAUCGGGUCUACCUCUAAUUUUUAAGCAACAUGAAGCUGAUGACGAUUCAGCUGGCCAAUUCGAAGAACACGAAGCAGCAAGAAGCAUGUCACCCCUUCUCUACUCGUUCUCUGACCUGGAUAAAACAUUCAUGUGUCAAAUGCGGCUUGGUAAAGGGUUUGCUGGCCAUGAAGGGCGCCCCUACUGGUGUAGUGAAUUCUCUUUGGACAGAGGCACUGGUGUGAGGUCACUGAGGCUCUUGCAAAACAAUGGAAGACCACAAAAGGUGUUCCAUCUUGGUAUUGACGUCACAUCUGGCAAAGGUCGGUAUGUCUCAACCCAUAUUGUGACCUUUGUACCGCGAUUCCAACUAGUAAACUUUGCAGGUUGUAAGCUGUCAUUUGCUCAGAGACAUCUUGUAAAGGGAAUGAUGACAAAAUCGCCUGAAUUACACCUAGUGGUGAUGCCAGAAUCGAGCGUUGUCUUUCAUUGGCCACGGGAUGACCUCGACAAAUUGCUAUGUGUGCGGAUGUCAGAAGUUACAGACUGCAGAUGGUCGGGUGGAUUCAGGAUUGAUCGACCAUUGUCAUUCAACAUCAACAUGAGGGGCUCUGGCAAUAGUUGUACCCUUCUCCAUGUAGAAGUUAGCCUUCGUGGAGCCACCUACUUCAUUGUUUUCACUAAUGUGGAUAAAAUGCCACCACCCUACAAAAUAGACAACAAAUCUGAAGUUGAUGUUGUUUUCCGCCAGGCUAGUGUAGCUGAUGACUCAUUAAGUACAACACUGCCCUCACAGUCCAGUAUUGCUUAUGCCUGGGAUGAGCCUGAGCUUCCAAAGCAAUUAAAGUGUACAGUAAAAGGAGGCACCAGUGCCUACUACAAGCUGGACCAGAUUGGCGAGGGAGAACGUCUCUACUAUGAGAACUUCAUCUAUAUUGCUAUGUCAGCCACGUUUAAUGGAUCUGACUCCAGUCUACAUUCACUAAUCCAGUACGACCAUCAGCCAGGAUCUUUCAACAAUAAACAGCUUGUCCUUGAUGCAGUGGAUGGUGUGAAUGUUGUAUUGAUGAAAAAGGAACCAGCUAAACGUAGCCAGCUGUGGCGGAUGACAAGUACUGGUAUGCUACAGAAUGAGGGCUCAUGUUCACCACGUAACCCGCUUGAAAAACGAAACAAACCUCUAGACGGUCUCGUGCUUGACAUUGCCGAGGGGGCGGCAGACUCAACCAAACCUGUUGAUCUGAUCUUGUGCAAGCCAGAAGAGGAAAGAAAGGCAACGCAAACUUGGUAUUUCACUGAGGAUGGUCGCCUUCAGUGUAGUCUUGGUGGAUUAACAGUACAAUCAAAGCACGGCAUUAUGGGAUUGAACUCGGAUAUGGGAGUUGUACUUGGUCCAAUGAGCUGUAUCACAACUGACAAAGCGCCACCCCAGGAACAACGUGUAAAACGACUCAAGCACAGGCCUGGCUCAGGCAGCCUCACAUGCAAAGUGAUAUCCGACGGCCCUUCGAAGGUUCUACGUAUCACAGACAGUUUUCCACAGGUAAGCUGCAGCCAUUGAUCUAUACUAUAAUGG